AUGGACGUGUCCAGCCACAGCCUGUUCCUCCUGCAGCAGCUCAACAUCCAGAGGGAGUUCGGCUUCCUGUGUGACUGUACUGUCGCCAUUGGCAACGUGUACUUCAAGGCCCACCGGGCCGUCCUGGCUGCCUUCUCCAACUACUUCAAGAUGAUCUUCAUUCAUCAGUCAAGUGAGUGCAUUAAAAUACAGCCCACGGACAUCCAGCCGGAUGUGUUCAGCUACCUGCUCCACAUCAUGUACACUGGCAUGGGCCCCAAGCAGCCAGUGGACCAGGGCCGCCUGCAGGAGGGCAUCAAGUUUCUCCAUGCCUACCAGCUGUGCCGUAACCCCGACGAGGGGUCCCCCGAUGUCGGCGACCUGGUCCGUAUGUCCAACCUGUACGGUAUUCAGAUUUCAUCCCAGUUGGCAAACAAAGAGGGUACUGGGGGCCCUAAAGGUAGUGCAGGGACCCGAAGAGGCGGCGGCCCGGAGGACGGGCGUUCGUCCACCCAGGCGGGCCGCUCCCACGCCGCACAGUUCUCGAUGACCGUGGGGAUGGAGGGCAUCCCCUCCUCGGACCGUCAGCCCUUCUCUGGUCUCCUCCGUGGCGUCUCCUCAGUGGCUUCCGGCGACGACUCAAACAUCUCGACACGCAUCAAGCAGGAGAGGGUGGAGGAAGGGGAGGGAGAGGAGGGCCACCAGGCACUGGGAAGGGUAGGGUCCCCAACGUCUCCUUCAGCCCAGGGCGGCAGCCCCUGCCAGGGCCUCCUGUUCAAGGAUGGCCCUCUGGUGCUGCUGUGCCCCCACUGUGGCGAGCGCUGCUCCUCCCCCGAGGGGCUCCGCAAGCACCUGUUCAGCCAUGCCGCCUGCACCAUGGAUCCCAGUGGACUAAUGGAGGGCCUCUCCCAGGGUGGGGUAGGGGACCCAGAGGGCCCUGAGGACCAGCAGCAACGUGGGGCCCCCCAGGAUCAGCUAGAUGCAGGCUGCUUGGAGGAGGCCCUGCGGCAGAGCCAGGCCUUAGCUAAUGAGCUAGCUGCUGAGCUAAGUUGGAGCAGGGGCGGUAUAGCCAUUGGCACUAGUCCACCCCCCACCACCACCUCCACUACCAGUCAAUCACGAAAGCGCAAGAUCGCUUGUGCUGUGUGCAGCUUGCGUUUCGCCCAGAAGAGCCAGCUGCAGGAGCACAUGUAUACUCACACGGGCAAGCCGUCACGCUACCACCGCUACAGCCGCCUCUGCAGCCAGCUCAUCCACGCCUCCGGACACUUCUGCGAGGGGCCACCGGAGGGCGGCGUUGGGGUGGCAGCAAGCACCACAGUAAUGUUGGCGGAGGAGUCCAACAGGGAAGCUCAGGACAAUGGCAGCUCCUGCUAUUCGCUAGACUCUGAGAUCUCACAAGAGAGCGUAGAUGCCGUCACUGUGGAAUGAAAGUGGAAAAAACUGUAGAAAUAAAAUAAAUACAUAGUCCCAAAUAUUUUUUCUUAUUCUUAAUUCCAGAUAG